UACAGGAACUCUCUUCCAUCUCUCUCAAGAUCUUGUGUUGGGAGGAGAAAAGAGGCUAAAAUUUGCUCAAAAUUUGUGUCCUCAUCUCCCCUAUCCAAUUAAAAAUUGUGUCUUUAGAGCUCUUGGCCACCAAAUUUCUAAAUCACCCACAUCCCAUUAUUGUCGUUUCUUGAAAUUUCAUUCAUGUGGCUGUAAUUGAAAUUCAAGAUUUUUUAACUCAUCAGAUUUAUCAGAUUUCAGAUUGUGGAAUUCAUUUAAUUGACUUGGUGGAAGAGGAACUAGCCAGGAUUGCAUCUAGAUCUUGAUAAGUCGGGGAUCCGUUUGGUUGGAUAAUUAUCUUGUAUAAAGAGAAAUCAGCCAGAUUUUCCAAUGGGUGAUAUAGCCAAGGAUUUAACAGCUGGGACUGUAGGUGGUGUAGCACAAUUGGUCGUUGGUCACCCUUUUGAUACCAUAAAGGUCAAGCUUCAAAGCCAGCCUACUCCACUUCCAGGGCAGCUUCCAAGAUAUUCUGGUGCUAUAGAUGCUGUCCGGCAAACAGUAGCUGCGGAAGGUGCCGGGGGCCUGUUCAAAGGCAUGGGAGCCCCACUUGCCACUGUGGCUGCCUUUAAUGCUGUGCUCUUCACCGUGAGAGGUCAAACAGAGGCAUUCUUGAGGUCUGAACCUGGAGUCCCUCUUACUGUGAACCAGCAAAUCGUUUGCGGGGCUGUUGCUGGAACUGCUGUGUCUUUUCUUGCUUGCCCAACUGAGCUUAUAAAAUGCAGAUUGCAAGCUCAGGGUGCAUUGGCAAGUAUAGGCUCGGCUGCUGUGGCAGUGAAAUAUGCAGGGCCAAUGGAUGUAGCAAGACAUGUUCUUCGAUCCGAAGGAGGCGUGAGGGGUCUCUUCAAGGGCUUGUUUCCCACCAUGGCACGUGAAAUACCUGGAAAUGCUGCUAUGUUUGGCAUGUAUGAAGCACUAAAGCAGUACUUUGCAGGAGGCACAGACACUUCAGGGUUGGGAAGAGGUUCUCUUAUUGUAGCAGGUGGCCUGGCUGGUGGUUCCUUCUGGAUCUCCGUGUAUCCAACAGAUGUCAUCAAGAGUGUAAUCCAGAUCGAUGACUAUAAAAACCCAAAAUUCUCUGGCUUUUUUGAUGCUUUCAAAAAAAUCUUGGCAUCGGAGGGAAUCAAAGGCCUUUACAAGGGCUUUGGGCCUGCUAUGGGACGUAGUGUCCCUGCAAAUGCUGCAUGUUUCUUGGCGUAUGAGAUGGCUAGAUCUAGUUUGGGAUAAUUCAUUGUUGACAAGGAAGGAUUUAGACAUUGUUAUUGAUAAUUCUUUGAACCUAAGAUCUGCUGAAAUUCUGUAAUUCCAGUUCAACUUCCAGCUGA